AUUUGCUGAUGCUUGAUUUUGCUGAGAUGUCGCGCGUCCAGCAGCAUUUUUGGCUGAAUGAAUUAAUGAGAAAAGGGUUGGAAUUGGCGGGAAAACUUCGCGAUGAACAUCCCUCGGAGGAUGCGGAGGAAUUAUGUCUGAUUUUGCAGAAGGCGAACGAAGCUGCGAGCUAUACAUCGAAUUGUUGUGUUUGUUACAAAGAGAAGAAAGAUCAUUGCGUCCCAAAUGCAGUCGCAGUUGCUUCAUCACACUCUCGAACUUGA